CUAGCCUCGGGAGGAGCACGGUUAGCUAGCGGUAUCUCUGCAUGUGGAUACACAUCGGUGCUCGCUGACUCCGUUUGUUUCACGGCUGUUCUGUGAAGAUGAGUCGGACUCCGGAUGCGAGAGCGAGGGACAACCAGACCAGACAGAUCCAGGAGAAACUCACCAAUGUGGAGAAGCAUUUCGGGGAGAUGUGCCAGCUGUUUGCCGGUUACGUGCGUAAAACAGCCAGGCUACGGGACAAGGCCGACCUUCUGGUUCGGGAAAUCAGCCUGUACGCAGACACUGAAACGCCAAAUCUGAAGAGGGGUAUGAAGCAGUACGCCGACCACCUGGCCAAGAUCCAAGACUACCGCCAAGCGGAGGUGGAAAGACUUGAAGCCAAAGUCAUCGAGCCACUGAAGAGUUAUGGAGCUGUUGUGAAACGUAAACGGGAGGAUCUGAAGACGACUCAAAGUGCCAGAGAGAGAGAAGCCAAACAGAUGGCUCAGCUCGAGAGGACCAGACAGAGGAACCCCUCAGACAGACAGAUCAUUUCUCAGGUGUGUCCCACGAUAUCUUUCCUUCUUUUGUUUCGCCACCAGGCUGAAAGUGAGCUCCAGAGAGCCACCAUGGACGCCACGCGGACCACCAGGCAGCUGGAGGAGACCAUAGAUGAGUUUGAGAAGCAGAAGAUCCGGGACAUCAAGAAAGUAUUUGGUGAGUUUAUGACAGUGGAGAUGUCGUUCCAUGCCAAGGCCUUGGAGGUCUACACCUUGGCCUACCAGAGCAUUCAGAGUGUGGAUGAGGAGGAGGACCUGGAGGUGUUCAGGAGCUCACUGCACCCCCCUGACUACCAGCAACGCUUAGACAUAGUGCGAGCAAAUUCCAAAACGUCCCUCGAUCAGACCGGCUCCUUCCUGAGCACAGCAGGAACCUUACAGCAACAAAGAGCUUCCAUUCAGCAGACCGGAGGUGAGGAAGAGGAAGAGGACAACGACGAGGAUGAAGAUGAGUCUGACGAGGAUGAAGAAGACUCAGAGGACGAUGAUUGAAUGCUAAUUAAAUUGUCUUUUUUUCUUUUUUGCAUUUAUCUGUAUUGGGGAAAAAAAGGGAUAUCAAAAGAUGUACCAACAGUAAAAGCUGUGUCAUUGCCAAAAUCCCCUGUCACAGGUGGUGUGAGCAGUAUUGUAUUGGUGUUGUGUUGUAGCUGUGUGAUGCUCUGUCAGGGAGCACGUUGUUCUUUCCACCCAGUGUUUGUUGUUUCGCUAUAUUUUUAUAUCUCACACAUUAAGAAAACCGUGCAUUGUAUAGACAAGCGCCUUUUUAAAUAAAAGAAAAUCAGUUUGUUAUGUUC